AUGAUAACCGAUGAUAUUCCAUUAUCUGAAGGUCCUAGACCAUAUUAUACAGAUGAUCGUGAUUUUGGUCAUUUUUCUGAUCAUGUUACUGUUUGGGUUGAUAUACAUAUUGGUAUGGAAGAUUCCUAUGCAGAUUUUAAAGCAAAAUUUAAUGAUAAUAUUCAAGUACUUCAAUCAAAUAAUAUAAAUGAAGUAGAAAUUGAUGAUGAUAGUAUAUUAUGUGCUAAUCCCGAUAUGCUUAAAAAAUUAAGUGAUGAAGUUUAUUGUUUAAAAUAUUUCCCUACAAUUGAAAAAGGUUUAGAAUAUAUUCUUAAGAAUUCCGACAAAAAAAUUUUCUUUAUUUCAUCUGGUACUAUUGGAAAAAUUAUUGUACCACAAAUAGCAAAUUUACCACAAAUUCAAGGAAUUUAUAUUUUUUGUGGUAAUAUAUCGUAUCAUACAGAAUGGGCAGGUGAAUAUGCUGAAAAUAUAUCAGGAAUGUUUGAACAUCAAGAUAAUUUAUUAGAACGUCUGACACGAGAUAUUGCAGCAUAUGUUGAAAGAAAAGGUGAUCAAUAUAAAACUAAUGAAGCAAUAUUACCAGCACGAAAUUGUUAUGCAUGGUCAAAAAAAUUAUUAAUAAGAGCAAAACAAGUAGGUGAUUCUGGUACAACAAAAUUAAUUGAUAAUAUUACAAAGAAAAUUAAUGAACUAGAAAUCCCUGCCGCAUGUCAGGGUGAAAAUUAA